AUGCUCCGCGGGCUGCUGCUGCUCCUGUGGCUGAGCCUCGCCGCUGCGUCCAAGUGCGACACGAUGUACACGAGACCGGGCAUCAGCACGCUCGUCGCCGACGGCUCGUGCCCCGCCUCGGUCGCGUGCCUGCUGGACGCCCAGUGCAAGCCGAUCCAGUCCUUUCCCAACGCAACGACAACGUUCAGCGACCCGUUGGGCGCGUCCAAUUUGAGCAUCGGCGACCUCUCCAAGUACCCGCACCCGACGCUCAAGCUCUAUAACCUCCGCUAUGGCAACGCCUUUGACCGCGUCGAGUUCCCGCCGACGCUCCAGAACCUGACAAUGGACCACUUGACGCUGUACUCACUCGGAAGCCUCCAACUGCCCGCGGGCUUGAAGAACUGGACCAUGUUUACUUGCUACGUCUCCAAGAUCACGACACCCGGGUUCCAGUGGCCGCAGUCGCUCGAGACACUGAAUCUCAACGAAAACCACUUGACCGACGUACCUGCCAACAUCCCUCGCAGCGUCAAGUACCUUGACUUGGCUUUCAACAACAUUAGUGUCGUGGUGAAUCAAGACUGGCGCUCCCUUCGCUACCUGUACCUCAGUGGCAUUCAAACGUUUGCGCACGUCUGGCUUUCGACCAACUUGACUUACUUCUCGUGCAGCGGAAGCCACAUCACAAACCUCACGCUGGACGAGGACACCUAUCGCGUUCUCAAUGCUUUGGGCCCCAACAACUAUACGUCCAAUACUGGCGUCAACGUUGGCUGGGCGUCGGCGAACGCGAGCACGUGCACGGGCCGGAUCCUUCCGAUUUGGCAAGGCGUCGUGGAGAAUGCCACGGCGUGCGUUGUGCCGACGGUCACGAGCCCACCACCGACGACCUUCGUGCCGACAGAUGGUGCUGCGUCUGGCGGCAGCAGUGGGCUCCUCAUUGCAGUCCUUGUGGCCAGUGGCGUUGUCGUGCUGAGUGCGAUCGUGCUUGUGCUCUAUCGGCGUCAGCAACACUCGCUCAGCAUCCAAGAGUCGACAACAAGUACCAUCGACUUGAGCAACCUCCAAAUGUUCAAGCUUGACCGAUCGGAGCUCGUCGUCCUCGGUGACAAGCCCCUCGCGGCGGGUGCAUUUGGCGAGGUCUGGAAGGGCACGUACGCCAACGAGGUUGUAGCCAUCAAGCGCAACAAGGACAAGCUCGAGAAGGGUCUGCAGAGUUUCAUCGCCGAGAUUACGCUCAUGGCCAAGAUGGACAGCCCGUACAUUGUGCGGCUCGUGGGCGCGAGCUGGGUCCGGCCCGUCGACAUUGAGUGCGUCGUUGAGUUUAUGGACCUCGGCGACCUCCGCUGCUUCCUCGCCGACCACUCGAUGACGCAGUUUACAUGGAGCGAGAAGGCGCCGGUCGUCCGGAGCAUCGUUUUCGGCCUCAUCUUCCUGCACACGUUCGACCCACCGAUUGUCCACCGAGACCUCAAGUCGCGCAACAUCCUCCUCGACUCGGUCAAAGGCACAAAGCUCACCGACUUUGGCAUCUCGCGCGAGGUGGACGAUCUCAUGACGAACGGGAUUGGCACGUACCAGUGGAUGGCCCCGGAAAUCAUCUCGGGCACGUCGUACUCGGAAGCCGCCGACAUCUACUCGUUUGGUGUUGUGCUCUCCGAGCUGAGUACGCACGCCAUCCCGUACCUGGGCUUGACCAACUCGGCGACGGGCCGCUCGGCGACCCCGCAGUUUGUCAUGACCAAGGUGCUUGCGGGUGAGAUGACGCCGGCAUUUGACGCAACGUCGCCGUCGUGGGUGCAAGAGAUCGGUCUGCGCUGCAUGGCGCUGGACCCCGACGCGCGGCCGACGGCCUUGGAACUCUACGUGCUGCUUCGGCCACUGCUAGACUCGCUUCCACAAACAGCCAAGUCCACGUCGCCGUAGGACGCAGUAUCGACGCAAUCCGUGA